AGACGGCUAGUUUUACCUCUUCCACGCGAUCGUGCUAGUGCAAAAGUGUUUGGGAUAAACGGCGAUAUAGUUUAGUUUGUGCUUAUGUUAAACAUUUAGGAGUGUCGUAUGAAUGCUGCUGCAUUGUUAGGAAAAGAUUUAUUGACUGUAUAUUGAUAGUAUCGUUGUUUGAACCUUUGAUGCUGAAAAUGACGUAAAUGCCGCCAAAAUGAAGACAAAGUUGUUGUUGAUUUUCUGCUGCAUCAUUCUAUUAACAUGCGCUCAAGGAAAAAUAGGUUACUUCUGGCACAUAACUGACUUUCAUUACGAUGCAUUAUACACACCGCUCGGCGAUAAAAGAAAACAAUGUCGUCGUACAAACGAGCGAGGGACUCCGGGCCACCAUGGCGGCAUCGGUCGCCUCGGGGACUACUCCUGUGACAGUUCCUUGGAGCUUAUAGUAUCAGCUCUGCGAUAUAUGCGCACUCGACAUUCUGAAAAUAUAGAAUACGUGCUGUGGACCGGCGACAUCAUAGCAUCAAGAUAUGACGAGACAGAGGACAGCAAGUACCAGGCGAUCAGGAACAUAACAGAGUUGCUCAGUAUGACGUUCAGUUCACAUUUUGUGUUCCCCGUGCUUGGCCAUACGGACCCCGCGCCAUCUGAGCGUUUAACGAACUUGUGGAGUCACUGGCUGCCAUUAGAAGCUUUGCAGACUAUGAAAAUUGGCGGAUAUUACACAAUAGAUCAAACUCAGAGCAAACUGCGGAUUGUGGUGUUAAAUACAAACUUACUGACUGAUCGUGAAGAGAGUAGCGUGUUAGCACAGCGUCAGUGGGACUGGCUUGAUAUAGUACUGGAGAAGGCCACAACUAAUAAUGAAAUGGUCUUCAUAGUGGGUCAUGCAGGCCCUGGCUACGACUCCCGUAGGAGUAUACUAGCUGCAGAUGCGAAUAAAAAAUAUCUAAAAAUGGUGCGUCAGUAUGCGCCAAUUAUAGCUGGCCAAUUCUUUGGCCAUUUACACGCUGAUACCUUUCGAGUUAUUUAUGAUGAAGAACGGCCAGUAUCGUGGGUUCUUCUGGCGCCAUCAGUAAGUCCACACCACGAUUAUGGAGGCUCAUCUAAUCCUGGUUUGCGUCUUUACAAAUUUGAUACAGAUACUGGAAAGGUAUUAGAUUUCACGCAAUUUUACCUGGAUUUGGCCUCAGCAAAUCGCGCGGAUUCUGCGGCGGAAUGGGUGGCGGAAUAUAAUUUCACUCAAUAUUAUGGUCUUCGAGACGUUUCUGCUGAAUCGCUUCAUAACCUGGCGGAAAAAUUUCGUAGUAACUCAAUUCAAGAUGCUACGUAUUUUAGCAGAUACCUUCGAGCAUACAACGUGAAGUUCGAGCCUACAAACAUUUGUGACGGGGCGUGUGCGCACGAGCACUAUUGCGCCAUCACAUGCUUGGAGCACGCCGCCUAUCGCCAAUGCGUGGAAGCAGCAGCCAGCGCUCUGGCCGCGUCAACCAACUCUGCUGCUAUGAAAACGCUAAGCGCUCCGCUCAUUAACGCAUGGUCUAUUUUAAUAUUAAGUGUGAAAAUUUAAAUGAAAAUUAAUUAUUAAAAUGAACAGUGGUGGCUAGGUGAGAACCUCGGACUUCAAGUUGGGGGUUCGAGACCAGGUGAGCAUGCAGAUGGAUAUUUCAAUUUAUUUGCGCAUGUUGAUAACACCACCACCGCCCGAACGGUGAAGGAAAUUGGUGUAUGUCACAACAUUUUUGGCCAGCGUGGUAGAUUAUGGCCUGUACCCUCAUACCCAGCAGUGAGAACAUAUAUGGGCUCACGAUGAUGAUUUGGAUAAAGUUUUGAUAAAGCUCAGCCGCAUUUUGUGAUACUAUAAUUUAAUAUUUCAUAGGCCCGUUGGCCAUAAGUUUAUAGUAUUGUGUAUGUAGCUGUUAAGAUUUUGUACAUAUACGUAGGUAGUUGUAAAAAAUUUAGCGAUGUGUAAGUUGUUUAAUUUAUUUUGUAGAGGUAUCAUUAAACAUAUACUGAAUAUUGCUUUCGCAUUAUGUUGUGCUACGGGAUUUAUUUUUAAAACAAAAUAUACUAAUUGUAAUUUUCAAUACACUAUUAAUGUUUUCUGUUUUCUUUUGUCAGCGCUACUUCAGGUGAAGAAUAUUGUUACCUUAAUUGUUACUGAAUAUUUUAAUUUCCAUAAACUGGUGUUAUUAAAAACAAAGGCAGGCACUUGACGUACAAAGCGUCAAUUACCAUAAAUUUAACUUCUGGAGUCUAGUCGAGAUAUAAUUUGCUUUUACCGAGAUAUUCUAAUGAAGAGUAAACUGGUGUCAGGGUGUUACCAACUUAGACGUGGUAAAUAAUGCAUACUAUGACUUUUUAGCAAGAAAAUUCAAUUUAUAAAGUUACUCUUAUUAAUAUUCUUUGAGGAAUUGUUUAAUUAAAUACCUAAGAUCUAAAUAAAAUCUUUCAGUACGAAGCUACACUCGUGUAUAUCAAGGCUUUUAAAUGAAAAAUCGUUUUAAUUUUAUCUCCACGUAGUUUUGAUACCAUAAUAAAAUAUGAUUUCAUUUUAAACCGUCAAAUCAUUGUAUUAAGUCGUGGGUGACUUAUUUAGUUAUCUUUUAGUAUUGUUAUGAUAUCUGUAUAAUUCUACAUUUUUAUUUAUUGUACUUAUAUUUAAAUACAUUUGUGUAUGAAAGUUUUGUAAAUAUACGUACGGUAAUCGAAAUUUUGAACGAGGAACAAUUAGGAAUAAGUAAUUUGUAAUACUGCUUUCGGAUAAUUGUCAUUCAGACCAAAAUUGUAAAAUAAUAAUAUUUUUAAGUGAUACCAAUAUUUCAGAGUAAAAUUGUACUAAAUAGCGUUUCUGGAGUUUAAUACAUAUUACAGAAAUCCGUAUUAUCAUGUACCUAUUUUAAGUUUUUAUUAAAUAAAUGCCUGAGCAGCGAA